UGCACACGUGCAUCUACAUAUGCACAAACGCGCAGGUUCAUAUUUUGCGUUAGCCAUCGUGGCCCCAAACAUUGAUCCGUAGCCUUUUUGGCUCAAGCUGUGUGUUGGCUCGAGCGGUAGCGGCGUCCCGCCCGCCUCGCGCUUCUCCUCCUCCCCCCUUCCCCUUCCACCAGCCAGCCCCCCCCGCAGCCCUCGCGGGUCCUGGCGCUCGCCCCGAUGGGCUCGUCAGAGUCCUCGCGGGCGCCGCGGCCACAUGGGGCCCAGGCCGAGGUGCGCAAAGAGGAGACCCUCACGGAGGAGACCCUGCGCUUCUGCGAGCGGCGGGGCAUCCGCUUCACGCACAAGGCCAUCUACGCCCACGCGCUGCCCGGCAUCGCCGGCAUCGAGCUGGGCCAGGCCAUCGCCGACAUCCUGACGGCGGGGCUCGCGGAGCUGCGGCGGGCGACCGCCGGCAACGCGUACCACUGGUUCUUCGUGGCCCGGGACGGCGCCUCCGAGAACUUCUUCGUCACCUACGCGCACGACCUCGGCUUCGCGUGCUCCCUCCAGUUCAGGCUGCAGGACGCGCUGAAGGCCGGCUGCCUGUCCGAGAGCGACGCCUGCAACGUCUGGAUGAAGCACCAGUGGAUCGAGGCCUCCCGGCCGCGCUCUGCGGCCGACAUGCAGGCGCUGAUGCGGCAGACGCCGUCCUGGGGCGACUGCUACCGGUGGGACUCGAACAACUGCCAGCACUACGCCUGGUACCUCUACAGGCCCGACUACGGCCCGGAGGAGUGCACCGUGUGAGCCACCGCAGGAGGAGGAGGAGGGAGG